GCCUGCUACCUCCAGCUGCAGCUCGAUGAUACUAUAGACCUCUUUCAAUAUUAUUUUAAUCUUCCGAUAACCUUAUUAAAGCGGACCGUACUGGAAGCAUAUCGUUGGCCAAUAUGAACCUUGACCUGCUACCCAAAGUGGUUUUGAACAGGUCAUGGGAAAGCAACCUGCUGGUUGGUACCUGCUCAAGAUCGUCGAGAUUCGGACACAUCCUUUCGCGGGGCUGACCAGACGGGGUACGAAGGGAGGGGAAGAGCAUUCAUCAUUGUGGAAGGCCGAUGAUUGCAUUUAUAUCGUUCAGUUGUCCAUUACAAGCCAGAUACUACGUAUGACUUCAAGGUCUUGAGCAUUCGAACCGAAGUAAAAAAGAAACAAUAACCUACAAUCAGAGACUCGAAGCGUUUAUUAGAUUGAACCCAUAAAUGUGUGGUGUGAGAGAAGCUUAAUGAUUUAAAAAAAAACACUUUAAGCCAAUGCCACUCAUCACGUGUUUUCGAGUCCUCGCCAAAACACGCAAACACGAAAAGAGUUGCCUGGUCAGCCACAUCAAAAUGCGAUAACUGAUUACUUUCUGUGAUCACAUUCACACUUUGAGACACAACUCAACUAUUGGAAUGUAGCAUAUGGACUAUUUGCAGGAAUGUCUCUCCACAUGAGCAGGUCCUCGUUGACCUCCGAUAACGAUGACGAACCAUUUUACUUUACACCAGCGUACAAGCCCGAAGAUCUCAUUUGUGAGGGUUCUGAUUCCGAGGCGAAUCCAAGAGCAAUAAUCAAAAAACGACGGCAAUACGAACAAUGUGCGGAAAGGGUGGACCGUGGGCAAUUGCCAAUUAUACAAUCUGCGCAACUGAGGGGACCUCUUGACGACUGGGUAAAUCCUUGGAGACAUCGAGAGGGGGACUGGUGGAAACCCGGUUCAAAAGAUAUGCUAUUUAGAAAAGAGGAUGUUAUGCGACGAGCUAGGGAACAUGGCAGAAAGGAUAUGAGUCCCACAGAAGCACUUGCAUGGUGCCGAAGGGAUGCUAAACGACAAGCAAAAGAAAUGGAAAUGAACGACUAUGUGGAAACGGGGAUUCAGUCCUCGGGUGGCCCAAAUAGAAUACUGGUGGAUGAGACCACACACGGAGAUUUAACUAUAGAAAAAGGGGGCAGAAUAGUUGAAGACAAGCGAACAAUCAGACCAUCAUUACCACAGGCUCCAAAAUCGGCACUCCCUACAUAUGCGAAACUAAGGGACUUUGAAGAUGCACCAACCAUGGGAAGCUCGAUUUCGAACAAAGAUAAUUAUGGUAGACAGCCAGAGACCUAUACUGCUGUCAAGAGAACUGUGGAUGUAGCUUGGUUGAAAGGUUCUCAUGUCUCGAAACGAGCUCGUUGGGAAGAUCCAGCAGUUUCAUCGCCGACUCCAUUACCUCAUGCAAACAGUCAAAAACUACAACACAAGGUCGCAGGCACUCUAACUGUUGCAAAGAAGCAAACUCAGCAUAAAAUUCAACCCCAUUUCGAUCUUCCUAUAGAGACUCCACAACAAAAUUCCACUAAUCCAGAGAUCUAUACAUCUCUGCAGCAACCAAGUAACGGCGGAUCUGAUACAGAAGCAUCGUUUCACACUAACAUCGGACAACAAGGACAAAAACUGCGCAGCUCCUCCGUCUUGGAAUCCUGUAAUAGAUCUGGUUAUGUGUACGAAAACUCGCCUGAGCCUAGCUCUCCUGUGCCAUUUGACACCCCAGAUAGCAAAGAAGCUUGCGUCCCGCAGCCUUCGUCAACAAAGUCGGCCACUCCACUGCGACUCCCCUCACCUCCGGGAUCCGGUGCAGUACUUAAUGAAAAUCAGGAAACUCCUGGAAAUAUCAGUUUUGUCACUGAUGUUGCACCCUCUUCUGUCAACUUGGAGCAAUUUCAGUUCCGAAAAAAGUCUAAACGUAAGACUGCUUCCCCAGAGGUUUCGAGUCAGCCCAUAACUGCUAGAGGAGAAGGUAGCGAAAUUCUAUUGCCUGAAGAUAUUGGGUCCAACCCAAAAUUUCAAAGCGACGCAGCACUCUCGACCCCCUUGAUUCUACACCCAACCGAGAAGGUGGAAACAACCUUAGUAUCUCCGCUUCGGCAGAUAAAAUCUUCAAGAUCGAAAGUUUCAUCUCGUAGAAGCUCUCGGGCCGAUGAAAGCUGGCUUACUACACAAGAAGAAGUUGGAUUUACUCCAUCGACGAUGCGAUCCGAUAGAACAGUUAGAGGAGAGUAUUGUCCACAACACGAAGAUAUUGAUGAUAGCUGGGUUACAACACAAGGUGAUUUGAAUCAUGCUCCAAAAUCAUCCGCUUCAAUGGACAUCACGCAGAUCUAUCAAAGUUCGAAUCUUCUGGGACAGCCACUUCUUUUCGAGCAUAUAGAAGCUCCUGUGUUUCUUGACUAUGAGCACAAAAGUAGUUUACAAUCAUCGCGCCUUCGAAAUUCCUCUCCUGCACAAUCUACACGCCCUGCCUCAAAAUCAUCACCACAUUUACCGACUCUACCCAAAAUUUCCAGCCAACUCGAUGCACCAUCACCUUGCGAUAAUCUUGAUGGGACGAGUACACAAUCGUACAAUACCAGCCCAGUCAACUCAAUGAAUAAUACCCAUGAACAUUCACAGGCCCCCGAUCUGACACAAAAUCUGGAGGACAAUCAACGAUCCCAUGGCAUCGCAACCAUACUCGAUUCAGAAGCCAUUGAAAUUACCCGGGAAGAUAAUCUUGAAGGUAGUUUCUCGGGAAACGUCCAGAGAUUGGAUGCUAAUAAAGAAGUCGAGACAGAAGGGGUCGCAUCGGUAAUUGAUAUUGAGCUUGAGAGCGAACAGAUCAAGGAGGUUACCGAGCUCCAAGCUAACCAAGAAUCUAAUAUCGAUAUAAUAGCGGCUUCUGAAAAAAUUCAAGAUGAGGGAGAUUUGCAAGGUGUGGCUCAGGAUAUGCCGAAAGAGGUGCAGGAAGUUAUGCGGACGGAGGCCGAUGCCGAUAAUGCCCUAAAUUCGGCUCUUUCUAGCGGCCAAACAUCAACGUCAUCAUCACCCGCACGAACAAACAACCUCACAUCAACUCCAAACCCCAGGAGCAUCAACCAGAAUUCCAAAAGCACAAUGUGGGAUCAAUUUACGUCCUUGAUACCUAGUGGAGAAGAAGUCCUCUCACCAACUAGUAACCAGGAUCUUACCGAAAAUUCAGCUGUCAGAGAAGAAAUUGUAGCUAUUCCCUCUGAAGAUAAUGGGCCUGCCCAAGCUCCUAUUUCUAGUCUACGGUCUGAAGGUCAAAAGAUUGUUCAAAAUGAUAACCCACAGAGUCCCUGGGCAUCAGCUGAAGCGGAACUGAUAAUUGCACCUCAAUUAAUUACAACUACUGAAAUUGUCGAACCAGAGUCUACUGACGAAUUUCCAAACUCUGGUUGGCAAAGAGAAGAGCGCCCUGUCACGCCAGAUAAUGAUCUUAUUCGACCUUUCCGUGAUCUCAUGACACCAAGUCCUCCACCAGAAGAACCAAAUACACCAGAAAUGGACCAGCGGCCAUCAAACACACAGCUUCUCGUAGAAGCCGCUACACUAAACCCAUGGGUGAAUGGCUCCAAGAAAAAAACCACGAAACGCAAGCGAGUAUCAUUCGGACUAUUGGACGAAGUAGAUCCAUCUCAAUCUCAACGUAGCUCGCGGCGUCAGCGCCGCUCCCCGUCUCCGGAGAGCACAUAUCGCCCAGGGGAUCUCGGUAGUAAAAGGGCUGAGUUUGACGACAACAUCACCCAUAUAGAUAGCUUCCAAAAUCACUUCUCUGCAAUUCGUAGGAAGCCUGUGGGCGAUGGUACACCGAAAUUUGAUAGCUCCAUCAAGCGCCCUUCUUCGAUCGCAAAGUACAAAAGCACGCUUUCGGGUGCGGCUCACCUGGUUACCAGUAGCCCGGCAGUUGAUGCAAUGGCAGAAGCCUUCAUCUCGGCUGAUCGCCAUUCUUCGCGAGAGCGAGAACGUCGUCUCACAGUAAGUCCCUCACGAAGCCGAAAAGCACAGAGUCAAGGUUAUACAACUUUUGAGGAUAUAGAUGAAGGUGAUUUGGGAGGUCAAGUUUCAAAUCCUUGUUUGUCUACAAAUACAGCCCUGAAUGAAACUUCUAGCAAUGCAAGAUUGGGAGAUCAUGUAUUGGGAGACUUCCUGAAUGAGGCGGAAGAUUUCUUAGGGGGGGCGUGGUCGGUAGAGGGAGAGAUGAAUAAAGCUAGUACGGAAUUUGAAUUGACAACGCCGAAACGGGAUGGUGGUUUACAUUCACGAGGCAUGUUCUCUGUUGAGAAUAUAUGGACAUGAUAGGUACGAUAUUGUAGCGAAAGGGGAUAUCAUGGGAGCGUCAAGUUGAUGUGUAAAAUUGCUUGGGUUUUGGUGUUAUGGAUGGAUGGUUUAACAAAUAUCGGAUCAAACGGAUGGGACACGAGAUGAUUAGAAUACCCUUGCUUACUUACAUGGCCUAGCCAAGGACGGAAGAUCUUAUGAUGAGGUUAUAGUUUAUAGUCAUAGUCAUAGUUGUAGUAAAUAAUUACAUAAAGUGUUUUGUGAUUCGAUGACUGGAAAUUGACUUUACA